UUUCACCCAAAUUCCACGUCGAUGACCAGAGCAGCACGCGUCGCAUUCAUAUCUACGCUCUUCGCGGCCGUCUGGUCGCUUGUAUUCUUCCAAUUUCUUGCGGUGCCUGGCAUAAGCAAGACGGUCGUUGAGGACGUUUGGCCGCUGAUUCCCUGGUGGCUGUUGGUCUCGUUUGGCUCGUACUCGCUGUGGUCGCUUGGCUGGGGGCUGUUCACGUUCCGCGAUUGUCCAGAAGCAUACGAGGAGCUGUUGAAGGAAAUAUCCCAGGCGAAAGACGACCUAAGAUCGAAGGGCCUUUCCUUCGAAUAG